CAAUAUUGUAGCUAUAUAUAACCCCUCAUAACAUCCCAAAAUAAUCACUACUCACAAAUUAAAUAUCUCUCCAAUUAAUCAUCCAUGGCUAUCCCCCAAUAUUAUUGUAACCCUCUACACAUGUUUGUGUUCUUACUCUCCAUCAUCGUCAUCAUCUCCGUAAUUUCCGCCGAAUGCAAGUUCCGUAACGACUCCUCGUCAAUCGCAAUAGCCUCUAGUGACUAUGGAAACAUGGUGUACGAAACCCCAACUUUCGUACUCUACCCUUCGUCAGACGCUGACAUCAUCGACCUUGUCAUGGCAACAUCAUCAUCCUCGACCAUCGCUGCCCGAGGGCACGGGCACUCGGUCAGGGGGCAGGCCCUGACCUCGGGCGGCGUAGUGGUCAACAUGACCACGCUCGGUGAGAAUAAGACUAGUGAUAGGAUAGUGAUUGGUUGGAAUGAGUCGUCCGGGUUUUAUGCGGAUGUUGGGACAGAGCAGUUGUGGGUUGACGUGCUGCGGGCAACGCUCAAACAUGGGCUGGCGCCCAUCUCGUGGACCGAUUAUCUGUACCUGAGCGUAGGGGGGACACUCUCGAAUGCGGGGAUUGGCGGGCAGGCGUUCUUGCACGGCCCACAAAUUGUCAAUGUUCAUCAACUUCAGGUUAUUACAGGUAAAGGAGAAAACCUCACUUGUUCACCAAACGAAAACCCCGAGCUAUUUCACGCGGUUUUGGGUGGUCUUGGCCAGUUCGGCAUCAUCACCAAAGCAAGAAUCGUCCUAGACAAAGCACCAACUAAUUACCGAUUAUGUAUAAACCUUCAAGCGCGAAGAGCUGGAAACGUGGAUAAUCCACAAAUGGGAUCACAGCAGCUAUCUCAUCCAUUCCUUAUUCUCUUCAUACAAAAAUCCGACAUUGUCAAGUUCAAUACACUUGUUUUGGCCGGCAUGCUUCCUAGGCUCAACCAGUCACUAGGGCUCUUCAAUUUAUACCCACUAAACAAAAUGAAAUGGAAUGAUAGUAUGUCUGCAGUAACACCCGACGAGGACAUUUUCUACGGCCUGGGACUUUUACAUUCGACCCCGAAAGAUGCAUAUCAAAGCAUUGAUGAUUUCAACAAUGAAAUUCUUGAUGUUUGUAAAAAGUGGGACAUUAAGAUCAAACAAUAUCUUCCUCACUACACGACACAGGAAGACUGGAUAAACCAUUUUGGCCUCGUCAAAUGGGAUACGUUUAUGAAGAGGAAAAAGUUGUUUGAUCCAAAGAAGAUACUGGCGCCAGGCCAGAAGAUUUUCAAUUAGUUUAUGUUUGAUAUAUUCAACGUUUUACUUAUAGCUUGCCACUGCUCCUCAAGUUAAAGUAACGCAAUAAGUAUAUUUUAUAUAUCUCAGUGUUAUGAGUGUUAUGUUCAUGAUUAAAAAUUAUAUUGGGCUUGUGUUACAGACCAACGGUUCCUAUUUAUUAUUGUAUUUUCAUGUGAUUUCACUAUUCGUCGUUUUCAUGAAUUUUCAAAAUUACUA